AACUUCGUGCAAUGCAGCACCUAUUAUUGCUCCAUGGAUCUCAGCUGAGGACGAAGAUCUGGCAAAGAAAUACCUCUCUCAGUACUACUCUGAUGCUCAGACGAGUCCCUCAGUAAAGAGUAUUACUGAAAACUCCUUCCGUGAAUCUCUUCGGAGCAUGCAGGCCUUUUUUGGCCUGGAGGUGACAGGUGUCUUAAAUGAUAAAACCUUGGAAGUGAUGAGGGCUCCUAGGUGUGGUGUGACAGACGUUUAUAAAUUUGAACACAUGCCUGGAAGACCAAAGUGGGAGAAAAGCUUGAUCACAUACAGAAUCACUGAGUACCCUCAGAAUCUGAUGCAGAGUCAGGUGGAUGCAACCAUUGCUCAGGCCUUCCAGCUCUACAGUGAUGUCAUCCCACUGGAUUUCCAACAGAUCUACUGGGGUACUGCGGACAUUAUGAUCCUCUUCCAGAGCAGAUUUCAUGGAGACUCUGUCAUUUUUGAUGGGCCGGGAAACAUAUUGGCUCAUGCCUUUGAACCUGGAGAGAAUGAGGGAGGAGAUGUACACUUUGAUGAGGAUGAAACUUGGACUUUAACCCAUUUAGAUUUUAAUCUGCUGCUGGUGGCGGCUCAUGAGUUCGGCCAUUCUCUGGGCCCGGAUCACUCCAGUGACAAAAGUGCGUUGAUGUUCCCCAACUAUCAAUAUGUCAACACAGAUGGAUACAGGCUGCCAGACGAUGAUAUACGUGGGGUUCAAGCACUUUAUGGAUUCAGACAACCUACUGGCCCACAACCUGGACCAGACCCAGUCCCUCUGCCCAACCCACAAAACCAACAAUGCAGUCAAGAGCUGGUGUUUGAUGCUGUUACCUCCAUAUGUGGAGACCUUUUCUUCUUCAAAAACGGAUACUACUGGUGGAAGAGUGGUAGUUUUCCAGAAAUCAGAUUUUCAAAAGUGAGUACAACAUGGCCCCAAAUCAAUCAUGUGGAUGCAGCUUUUGAAGUCCCAAACAUGCAUGUGGCAUAUUUCUUUGAAGGUAAUCAAUACUGGGGCAUCACAGCUUAUGACAAGACAAUAAUACCAGGCUUUCCACAGCCUAUCACCAACUUUGGCCUCCCCUCCUACAACAUGGAUGCUGCUGUCUAUGAACCAACAACAGGAAGAGCACUGAUGUUUGUGAAUAACCAAUAUUGGAGCUAUGAUUACAACUCGUACCAACCGGAAAGUGGAUACCCACGAUACAUCUCGCUGGAUUUUCCGGGGAUUGGCUCCAAAGUUGACGCAGCCUUUGAGAAUCUUGGAUAUCUGUAUUUCAUCGAAGGUGCCAGACAGAGCGAGUACUACCUGUCAUAUAAGAGAGUAAUGCGUGUGAUAUUCAACUAUCAAUGGCUCAACUGUGCUCAACUUAUAAAAUAGUGUUGGUGGUGUUAGGUUGGGUGUGGGGCCAUGGCCGUCUUUCUGCUAUGAAAAAGGAUCCUUUGAACACUCCCAGCCGUGCCUGCACCCACCGGCUCAGAACGACGUUUUCGAGGAAGCAUUAACCUCCUGUAAUUCCUGCCUGUCUGGCCAUUCACCCACACUGUAAACCUGGAUUCUGUUUAGAUACAAACUUUGUAGAGAUUAAUAAUUAUAUUAUGUUUUAUAUAAUCAGUCUCUCAUUACUAAACCAAAUAAGUUGUUUUAAAAUAGUUUUCAACAUUGUGAAGUGUAUAAUAAUGAUUAACAAAAAUAACUGAGCAUGAUAUGUUUCUGUCAGAGGGGAUGGGGCUAUUUUCAAAACUCAUCUGGACCACAAAGGCUCAUGAGAGACUCUUAUUCAGAAGGAAUUUAACCUUUUGCUAUAAAAUAAGAUAUGCUAUAAAUUUGAGCUGUGUACUUUACCUUCUGUGUUAUGUUCACAUUAAUACAAUGCUAGAAAGUUCUGUUUUGUUCGAAUGUUGAAUUACAGGAAGAGAAACUAUCACCACAACCUCAAAUUAAUUCACAUCAGGGGCAGAAAUGAUGUUGGUUACUGAUCUUUCCUAAUGCCACGUCCUGAGUUCUGCAUGUUGCAGGUCUAUAGUCUCUGGCAAAGAUAUGCCAUGAAGUACUAUUAGAUUAUUAGCAUUAAAAUAUGUUAUCAAUGCAAAUCUUUUAAUACUUUUGAUUUGGAACAUGUUAAGUCUUUUACGUUACUUCCAAUUAAGUUGAGUCAGUGUGAUUCACUUUGUAUUUGUAUACUGUGGGGUAUGAAAGAAAUAGUUAAGUGAAAUAUUAGUCUUUUAGUAAAGAUUCAUGGUCACCUACGUUGAUACCUCUUUAGUUUCAGCAUUUGUUAAAACUAAACUGGUGUAACGGGUUUCCAUGUAAAUUUCUAGUUAACUCAAC